AUGGAAGCUCCAGAUCGAGAUUGGCCCGAGCUACCAAUCGACAUAUUGUGCGACGUGCUCAAGUUGCUCGAGUGCCCAGACCUCCUCCGAUCCGCCGCUGUCUGCUCAAUCUGGUACAAGGCCUACUCCGCGCAACGCUGCAUCAGUUCUUGUCCUGGACACCAAACACCAUGUCUACUCUAUUGCACUGAGGCCGCCGGCGGGCUCAGAGCUCUCGGCAUGUACAGCCUCUCCGAGCGGAAGGCCUACACCAUGCCGCUCCCUGAACUUCCGAUCAAGAACUGGAUCGGCUCAUCGCACGGAUGGCUAGUCACUAUGGAUGACAAGUCUGAGCUGAUGCUGCUCAACCCGAUCACCAGCAACACUAUUGUACUCCCUCCGGUGACAACCAUGGAACAUGUUAAACCUGUCCUAAACGGCGACGAAGUUCUUGAAAAGUAUGAGGUGUUUUACUAUGAUGGAGAGCUUCCGAGGGUCGUGGAGAAGGACACCAGUAUAUUUUCUUUGGAGGAGUUUGGUCACAUGGUCUAA